AUGGAUCGAUCAGCGAGUUCAAGUUGCGAUCCGGGGACAUCUAGUGCCUCUUUCGAACCACUCAUCCCAUCAAAAUAUAAAUAUCGUACAGUUACAAUAAACGGCGUGCAGCGCAAAUUAGCGUACACGGAUUCAUCACAAAAUACUCGCCAGGGCGAAGCUGACCCGAAAACCAUCGAGCUGAUUACUCGUUUCUUAACCAGUCAAGGACUCUCUUUGGAAUGCGCUCGAGAGCCAGCUUUUAUGAACUUGGUUCGAUAUUUGAGUCGAGAUUGCCAGAUCCCUUCUCUAUUUGAGAUGAAAACGUUUUUAACGAAGACAACGGAGUCAAUGAAACAGAGACCAAUCGUUCAUUUUCAAAGAGGAUGCGGACCGUUGGGAUUGACAAUUGAUUAUAUUGGAACUGAUCAGAAGUAUUUGGUGUAUUCGAUCCAUUGGUUCAAAGAAAUAUCCGAGCGGCAGAACAUUGUCUAUUUUCGGAGAUUGAGUCUGGCUGAUAUCCAAGAUUCCGGUAGUCUUCUCAUCCCUCCUCGGGAAUCCGUUGACAGUACCUCAUUUGGGACAGUCAAGUUCAGCAGCAUCGUCUUGCCCAACGAGGAAGCUUUCAAAUUGGUCAUUGACAGUAGAGUCGGCAAACGUUACUACAUUUGUUUUCACUACCACAUGACCUCGUUCGUCAAGCAACUGAUGAACAUUUAUGAGUUUGGCAGAGGACUCACUCAAUUGAAAGAGCUUGUUCGUUUUAUCAGAGAACGUGUACAGUUUUAUGCCAUUUUCAGAAAAAUCAAAGUGGCUAGAAAUAUGAAACACGAUGUUCCGGUAAUCAAGAAUGAGCAAAGCUGGGAAGAGACAUUUCUGUUCUUGACUAAUUGUUUAGCCAUGCAUGAUGUUUUCUACGAUUACGCGGAUGAAAUUGGUUAUCCAAACUACAUAUCUAACAGUACGUUCAACUAUUUGAUCUACUUUCAACGGUUGCUUCAACAAUGUAUCAAUAUCUGCAAAGAGCUCAGUCAGCCUGGAAAUUCAAUCUCUCAAGCGAUUCCAAAAAUCAUUGAUCUCAAAAACUACAUUCUGAGCAGCAAAAUGGGCUAUCGAUUUGAAUAUACUGUGCAGGAGCUGAUGAUGUCGGUGUUCCACAAUAUCACUCAUGGAUUAUCACACUAUAUGUAUGAGACGGCCUCUUUGUUUGAUCCAAGAUAUGCUUACGGAAAAACCUUUUCUGAAGAGAAAUGGUUAAACUUGGAAAAAAGAGUUGUGGACGAGUUUACCAGACUUGGAGAAAACAAUUAUAACAAUAUAUAUCCAAAGAACACUUGCGACCAACGUAGCAAAUUCAUUAAAGAAAACUUUGCGAUUUUCCGUCAAAUGUUGUCUCUUGGUGUAGACGCCGAAGAAGAUCCGUUUCAUUGGUGGGGCCAGCGUCAUAAAGCGAUGGAGACUUUAUCUAAUGUGGCGCGACAAUACUUGGCAAGCCCUGCAACCUCGGUAAAUGCUAGCACCUACUUUGGAAGUAAUGGAAAGUUUGAUCAUAUUUGCGAGAGCGUGACGUUUCAAGAUUUGGAUAUUUAUUUGAACAAUGCCGGCGUUCAGCAGAGAUAUGUUGGGAAAGGAGCCUACGAAAAAGAAAUUGCACCGGAGUUAGCUGAAUCGUUGAGAAUUACGGCAUGCAGGAUGCAUCAGCACUAUGAAACCAGCAUGAAGGAUACUCUUUAUGUUCCUAGAACCAAACUACAAGACCCUCGACUUCUAGGCCAGGAUUCAGCAAAUGCGUUUGAAUCGAAAUCAUCAACCCUUUCCAACAAUAAACGUCCCGUUGCUCUUUUUCCAGUUCAAUUGAUUUCCAAUCCAAAUGCACAAAAUCGAUCAAUGUCGCCUUAUUCAAACGUUUCAACUCAGCUGAAGAAACCAACUCGUCCACUGGGCAACCAACCGGCGUUGUCUGCUGCCUUGUUCGGCUUGAAGACAAGCAACUCCAAUCGUCCAGCUGGCGGAGCAGAUCAUCAGGUAUCCAAAGAAACCAAAUGUUUUUCGGAGGAACGGAAACCAAUGGAUCUUCUAGAGCAAAUCACGAGUUUCGUUGAAAUAGAAAAGGAAGUGAAGGAGGAAAUAAUCGAAGAGGAUGAAAUGCUGGCCGAAUCCUUCGGGGAAUCAGUUUUGCCUAGUCCAUCCACUUCUGCGACGCCACAAUUGAGGAGGGUAUUCCAUCGACCAACACAUCAAGGACCAUCAACAUCAACGCCAGCACUGCUUCCUAUUAAAAAGUUGAUCAGAGUUUCUAAUCCAGGUCCCAAUGGUACCACGAGACAAGUUUCAUCAAAAAUUGGAACUGGAACCGCUUCCAAAACAGCUUCGCGAACUCCACCAAUGAAAUUUCCCGUUGCCUUGACAGGCAAGCCUUCUGGUCCUUUACACUUACCUUCAACGUCACAACAUUGCCCAAUCGAAGACAAACCAACCGAUAUCGCACUGACUAAGCCAGACACUCAUAAGAGCGCGGGUCUCUUUGAAGUAAAAGACGAAAUCGCAGAAGUUGCUGAAAUGCUUGAUGAUACCGAAGGUCUUGGAAAAAUUUACGAUGAAGCGUUAGAAUACAGUGCAUCAUUAAAUAUGCCAAAACAAAGGCACCGGGACAUCCAUAAUAGUCGCCGUUGCUGUAUAUGUACUGGAGUGGAGAAAGACGAGCAUUUGAAAAAUGUCACCAUGGAUAACGAGAAAUUGCUUCUCAUCCUUGGAUGCGUUUUCCGAAAAGAAAUUUCAAUGAUAGAUGCUCAUGAAUUCUUGACGCGACCUGCGAAGACUUACGUUUGCCACUUUCAUUUCAAAGAAACAAUUGAUACACUCUACGAUAGACUUCAAAUAACGUGCCCGGAUGAUAUUCACAAAUGUUCCGCAGAUAUACUGGAGAAAACAUUUAGGAGUAUGCGUGAGCUACGUGCUCACACUACGUUCACACAAUAUAUCAAGAUUCUUCACGAUUUCGCAGAAAGAUACGAUCAUAUGAGAAGACCAUCAAAGCAAGACCUUCUGGACUACUAUACGACUCUCGUUGAACCAUCCUCCGAUGAACCCAUAGUUGAAGCCGUCGAGGAAGAAAUCAAGCCGAAAAAGCUCCGCCAACCAAGAAAACAAGUUCUCGAGAUUGAUCAACACGACAAAACUGUCAAAGUCAUCGAAAAAGACGAGUUCCAACUUCCAAAUGAAAAACAGGAUACAACAGGGAAUGAAGAUAUUGAAUUCCCCGCAACGUGUCGCUACUGCUCAAAACAAUACAGUCGUCUGUCCAUGAUUCCUGUUCCAAGAGGUACCGACAUUCGGGCUCGAUGGGUUGCAAAGCUUGGUCCAGAGUUUGAGAAGCGAUUACAGCCAGAUGAGAACUUUGUCUGCCGUGAACACUUUGCGCAGGAAGCUUUUGGCACGAGAGGGCGUCUUUCGAAAGGAUCCAUGCCUAUGGCUGAAACUGAAAAAGUUGAAAUAACCUACAAGAUUCAAGGAAACGAUUUCCUGAAACUCAAUGAGGAGAAAUCCGGAGAGAAUAUGACGGCUAGUAUUGACUUGGAGAAAGUACAGAAAAAAACCAAAGUCGUCAAAAAUGCUAAACGCAAAACGGAAAAGCCUUCAAAUUCGAAGGAUGAUGAUAGUUCUACAGAUGAAUCAACAUCAAGACCUGAGAGAAAUCGACGUGCCCCUAAAAGACUCACAUCUCCUGAACCACCAAAUGAGGAGCCCGCUAUAAUUUCUAAGAAACCUCGUCGGAGACAAACUAAGAAUCCAGGAAUGGCUUGGGAAUUCACUGGUGGGGUUAUUGAAUUCUCUUGUCUAAAUCAACAACCGGCAGUUUAUUCGGAUCAUUUAUUGUCAUUUCUCGUACCAGUUUCAUGUUACUUCUACGUGUGA